GAUAAAACUUAAAAAAGAGAGAAAAGGAAAUGACAGGUAAAAGAAGAGAGUUAUCUGAUUCAACUCCACUCCUCGGCUAUCCCCAACCACUACGACAUUACACUCCUUUCUCCUCCUCCCUCCUCGAAAUGGCCGCCACCACCACCACCGUCGACUCCGCCUCUCUCCGCUCCGUCUUCCUUGGCGUCGACGUCGGCACUGGCAGCGCCCGCGCAGGUCUGUUUGAUGAGAACGGGAAGCUUCUAGGUUCUUCUAGUAGCCCAAUUCAGAUUUGGAAAGACGGUGACUGUGUCGAGCAAUCUUCUACAGAUAUAUGGCAUGCAAUUUGUGCGGCAGUGAAAUCUGCAUGCUCCCUUGCAAAUGUUGCAGGAAAAGAAGUGAAGGGUCUGGGAUUUGCAGCCACUUGUUCUCUUGUUGCGGUGGAUGCUGAUGGUUCCCCCGUCACGGUUUCUUGGAGUGGUGAUUCAAGGAGAAAUGUCAUAGUAUGGAUGGACCAUAGAGCUGUAGAACAAGCUGAAAGGAUCAAUUCCUGUAAUUCACCAGUAUUACAAUAUUGUGGUGGAUCCCUUUCCCCUGAGAUGGAGCCACCAAAGCUUCUAUGGGUGAAAGAAAAUUUACAAGAAUCUUGGUCAAUGGUGUUUAGGUGGAUGGACUUGAGUGAUUGGCUGUCAUACAGGGCAACAGGAGAUGACACUCGUAGUCUGUGCACCACGGUGUGCAAAUGGACAUAUCUUGGUCAUGCACACAUGCAGAAAGUCAAUGAAAAAGAUUCCCGAGAUAUGGAAGCUUGUGGAUGGGAUGAUGACUUCUGGGAGGAGAUUGGAUUAGGUGAUCUUGUAGAUGGGCAUCAUGCUAAGAUAGGACGAAGUGUAGCUUUUCCUGGCCAUCCUUUGGGUUCUGGUCUUACUCCAGCUGCUGCGAAGGAACUCGGUCUUGUAUCAGGAAUACCUGUUGGUACUUCACUGAUUGAUGCUCAUGCUGGUGGCGUGGGGGUAAUGGAAAGUGUGCCACAGUUAGAUUCUGAAACUAAAGAGUGUGAUAAUGAAGCUAUCUGCCACCGCAUGGUGUUAGUCUGUGGAACUUCUACUUGCCAUAUGGCCAUAUCAAGGAGCAAGUUGUUCAUUCCAGGGGUCUGGGGACCAUUCUGGUCAGCUAUGGUACCUGAAUAUUGGCUCACAGAAGGUGGCCAGAGUGCCACUGGUGCAUUAUUGGAUCAUGUAGUUGAAAACCAUGUAGCAUCUCCCCACCUUGCGAAUCGUGCUGCUUCUAGAAAUAUAUCUGUGUAUGAACUUCUGAACAAUAUAUUAGAAACAAUGAUGCUUGAUCUGAAGUGUCCAUUUCUUGCUGCCUUGACUGAGGAUACACAUGUCCUACCCGACUAUCAUGGGAACAGGUCUCCUAUUGCAGACCCCAAAUCAAAAGGAAUGGUCUGUGGCUUUACCCUCGACACAAGUGAGAAACAGUUGGCUCUUCUGUACCUGGCUACUGUACAGGGUAUUGCAUAUGGCACACGUCACAUUGUAGAGCAUUGCAAUGCCCAUGGUCACAAUAUUGACACAAUACUUGCAUGUGGCGGCCUUGCAAAGAACCCCCUAUUCAUUCAAGAACAUGCAGAUAUCAUUGGUUGCCCUAUAAUUCUUCCUCGAGAAAACGAGUCAGUGCUUUUGGGUGCUUCCAUUCUUGGUGCAGUUGCUGCAAAGAAGUUUUCAAGUCUGAAUGAGGCCAUGAGGGCAAUGAAUGCAGCUGGUCAGGUCAUUCAUCCAUCUAAAGACCCAAAGGUGAAGAAGUUCCAUGAUGCCAAAUACCGUAUUUUCCGGGAGCUAUAUGAGCAGCAGCUAUCUCAUCGCUCUAUAAUGGCUCAAGCCUUGGCUUAGUUAAUGUGAUACUUGACCAAGAUGUCAUCUGGAUGCUUUGAUUAACUGAUUGCAUUGUGACACACUGCUUUUGUUUUUUCUUUUGGAAAGAAAUGGAUGGACAGUUUGAAGGUUAGAUUGUGAAGCUUCCAUAUUCAAAUAGAAGAAAUUCAAUAGGAUCAAUGUAUAGCCUUGAUUUUCAGCAUCACAUUGGAGAAAAAUAUCACGAAGAGAGUGGAAGAUAUAAGUGGAGCAAUGAUAAGGGAAUUAAAAUAUUUAUUAAAAAAAAUUAUGUAUAGUGGCUCAUGUGGCUUGAAACAUGUCUUUUCAUCUAUGAAUUAAGAUUUUUUUUUUUUUU